AAGAAAAAGAGAGUUGUAACAAAAAAAAAGAAGAUUCUUGCAAUGGCAAAGAGAAAUAUGUUGUUUGUGAAAAAAAGGAUUCUUGCCCGAAAAAAGAACCGAAUCCUUGUGAAAAGGAAGAUAUUUGCAAAAAUAGCAGUUCAGCUGAGGACUGUUUCAAGCAAAGAUCAUCAAGUCGUAAAAAUUCAAGAACCGAUUUGAGUGACCACUCAUGUAUGAGAGCAAAGAAAAAAAUUGAUGACUUUGGUGAACCAUCAGCAACUUGUUGUGACAAGGAUAAAAAAAUAACCCAGAAAGAGGAAUCUUGCAAAAAGCAUGAUCAGGGCUGUAAACAUGACAAAGAAGAUCCUUGUAAGAACUUCAAACCGAAAAAGAAACCCACCAAAGAGGAAAUGUGUGGUAAAUCGAAGCGAAAUGCUGAUGAUUCUUGUAAAAAGUUUGACGAAAAUAAAUCAAAUCGAAAGUGUGAACAGAAGACUCCACGGGAGGAUUGUAUGAAACCGAGUGAGGUUACUUGUACGAAAGGUAACUCCAUGAAACCAAGACCAUGCUGUGAGCAAGUCAGCGUUUGCGAAGAGCCCAAACUACCUAUGAUAAAACCUAAAUGUAGUGAUGAAAACCCUAAGAGAGAUAACUCUAAGAAUGCUACAGAAAAGAAACCAGAUCACUGUAAGCAAGUACCUAUGCCGGCAGACUGUCCAAUGAAAAUAGAUGCAGAAGAGAAACGUCAGCAUGGUGAUUCGAUUAACUGUACACAAAAAUCAUGUACUCAGAAAAGUAUGGAACCUACUGAGCCUCCAAACUGUUGUAAGCCUAGAUCCAAAAAAGAAGACAAGAAAUGUACGAAAACUUUUGAAGGCCAGCAGGUUUUAGAGGGAAAGGAAGACAUCAGACAGAUAUCUUGUCAAGAAAUCAUGAAACAGAAGGAAGAGGUAGCCAAACUUACAAAAAUUCCAACUUGUCCUCCGAAACCAAUACCAAAAAAAGUAAAAGAUAGUACCCCAUGUCCUACUGCUAGUAAAUCAGAUGUUCGAUACUGUACAAAAUUAUCGAAGAAAGAAAAGGAAUACGUCCCUGAACAAGCCAACCCUGCUAAAAUGCCACGUCAACAUCACGAGGAACACUGCAUUCAGAGACCUACACCAGAAUCAAGAGAGCCGCGACAAGUUCCGAAAGACACUUGGAUGCCAGUUAAAAUUAACAGAGGUGGGCAUCGAUUAUACUUCAUUUUGGUGAAUAACAGUG